UGUAAAGCUCCGAUAUUUAAAAUCGCUGUAGGCCGCUGCUUUUUAUGCACUGCAGAUGUUAGCGUGUUUCUCCUUUAGCUGAGAGCGAGUUUGGUUUUAUUUGCUUUUAUUGUUUGCUUUUACUUGCUUUUAUUUUUACGGCAAUGGCAACUCGUCGUCUUGAUGCUGAGAACACCCUGGCUGGUGCAAUGAGAUCUAAGACUCAGAUAACAGGGAGAAGAGCUGCCCUUGGUGAAAUCGGCAACAAAAUAACAGCAAAGGGAAAACCUCUUCAUUCAGUGAAGAAUGCCAACAUAGUGACAAAGGCGAUGAAACCUGCUACUAAAGUGGCAAAUGUAAACACAAAACCAAAGGAUGUUCCUGCAAAGCCGGCUGUUAUGGAAGUAGCUCCAAAGGCACAUUCACCAGUUCCUAUGGAUGUAUCUCUUAAAGAGGAAGAACUCUGUCUAGCUUUUUCUGCUGCUUUAACAAAUGUGGAAGAUAUUGAUGCAGAGGAUGGUGGAAAUCCUCAAUUUUGCAGUGAAUAUGUAAUGGACAUUUACAACUACUUAAAACAGCUAGAGGUUGAGCAAGCUAUUAAGCAAAGGUACCUUGAAGGAAGAGAGGUGAAUGAACGCAUGAGAGCCAUCCUGGUUGACUGGCUAGUACAAGUUCACUCUAGAUUUCAACUUCUUCAGGAGACUUUGUACAUGGGGAUUGCUAUCAUGGACCGCUUUUUACAAGUUCAACCAGUCUCUCGUAACAAACUCCAGCUGGUUGGUGUUAGUUCAUUCCUUGUGGCUUCCAAAUAUGAAGAGAUGUACACUCCAGAGAUUGCAGACUUUGUUUACAUCACUGACAAUGCCUAUACAGCAUCUCAGAUAAGAGAAAUGGAAAUGCUUAUCUUGCGGGAGCUGAACUUUGACUUGGGAAGACCAUUGCCUGUCCACUUCCUUAGACGGGCCUCAAAAUCUUGCAGUGCUGAUGCUAAGCAGCACACUCUUGCAAAAUACCUAAUGGAGCUUACAUUAGUUGACUAUGACAUGGUACACUUCCACCCUUCUGAGAUUGCAGCGGCAGCACUCUGUUUGUCACAGAAGAUCCUUGGCCAUGGCAAAUGGGAUGCUACACUACACUUCUAUACAGGAUAUGCAGAAGAAGACUUAAGCCUCAUCAUGAAACACAUGGCUAAAAAUAUUGUCAAAGUUAACAAAAAUCAAACUAAACAUGUGGCUGUGAGGAACAAAUAUGCCAGCAGUAAGCUAAUGAAGGUCAGCGCAUGUCCCCAACUGAUGUCUAAAGUGGUCACAGAUCUUGCAUCAAGUCUGUCAUGAGUCCUCAGAGCAGCUUUAAAGGACUAACUUUUUGCACUUUUAAUUUGCCUUUCUUGGCACAUCUGCUGCUGUUUCUGUAAAUAUUUUUUUUUAUUGUAUGAGCAUUGAAUAUUUACUUGUGAAUACCAAAUAAACAAGGUUGUUUUUUUUACGAAA